GUUUUAAGUAAUUGAAUGUCAUAAUUAUUUUUAAAAAUUAUUAUAUAUUUCUUUAUAAAAAAAAAUUGAUCUGUGAUAUUUUUAAUUGGUUUGAUUUUAAUAUUUGUUGUGAUGACAUUGAAUGCUAGUAUCCUGGGAACCAAUCAACCAAUGUGAUAAAACUACGGUAGUAUUUUGUAUUCUAACAGUUUCAUAGCACAGUAACAAAUGACUGGAGGAUUAGUUUCUCCAUGGAUUCUGGGUACUUUUCUUCCUUCCUCAUCGGAAUUCUCAACAUCGUCGCCUUCUCCGGCUACUUGUGUGUGUCGAUCUCACUUCAGAGCACCAAAAGACCUUAAAUUUGUUCUCCAUGAGGCGCUCGAUUUUGCUGGAUUCAACACUACUUAUGCUAGGGAAGCAAGAGAGGGUUUCUGCUCACAAAUUCAGAAAUUGUCUGGAAUAGAGAGGGAAACAAGCAUAAUCAUCAAUAGAGGAGUAGACUUAGGGAAAACAGCUCUUUACAUAGCAGCAGAGGAUGAUUCACUCAUCUCUCACUCUUCUGUACCACUUCCUGUGGAUGCUUUUAUUGACAGAUUAGAUGAUCUUUCUUUGGAUUACUGCUCACGCUACAGUUCAUCAUUCAGAUCAUCUCCUGAUAAUUUCCUCGAGUGCCUAGAGAGAUACAUGUAUGUUGACAAGGGCUUUCGUAGGAGCAACUCAAGGAAUCGAUUGGAGCAACGAGCAGUUUAUCUUCAUUCAGUUUUGACUCAUCGUGUGGGGUCAAUGUGUAUGCUUUCAUUGAUAUAUUCUGAGAUCUUGAAGAUGCUUCGAAUGUGGGGUCUUGUGACUUUUGAUGUUGAAAUAUCUUCACCAAAUGAUUCUUAUGGUUCUCCUAGAGGCUAUCUCAAACAGAGAAGUACAGAGUCUGAUCAUCAACAUAUCAUGACAACUGAAUCACUGUUACUGAAGAUUUUGAGAGACUUGAAGCAUGCUUUUUGGCCUUUUCAAGUUGACCAAAGUAAAAGCCCAUUUCUAAGAGCAGCAGAGGCUGCUAACUGCUCUGAUAGAUCCACAUAUAUUGACAAAAGUGGAUUGGAGGUUGCAUCUGCAAAGGCUGCAAGGCAUAGGUUAGAACGUGGUGUUUGGACAAGUGUUAGGUUUGGGGAUAUAAGGCGUGCACUCUCUGCAUGUGAGAGGCUUAUUAUUCUUGAAGCUGAUUGUAUGGAACUAAGAGAUUAUGGUGCUCUCCUUUAUCACUGUGGAUUUUACAAGGAAUCCUUACAAUACCUAAACUUAUAUAAGGAUUCACAGAAGCAGAUGAAGCAAUUACCAGAUUCCUUGACAAAAAAACUAGAGGAAGAAGCUUUAGAGAAGUUAAUCAUACGUCUUAACCUUAUAUUAAUGGAGGACAAAAUGGCUACUAGACCUUCAUCCAUUGCAAGCUCUCUAUAUAACAACACUGAUCCUUGGUAAAAAAAAAAAAAAAAAAAAAAAAAAAAAAAGAAGAUAUGAUUAUUGUAUUCUUGUAAAUAAUGUAUAUGAUAUAGUCUCUUAUCAGCUCUUAUUUUGUUUGAUGUUGUUCAUACAUAAGAGCCUUUUAUCAAUUCGUUGUCAAAGUUGUAUGAUGUUGAUUACCAUGAUUUUACACUGUUAUAUAUUUAUAUUUGAUACCAAAAGAAACAACAAUUACAUGCAUUCUAGUGUUCGUGAAGGAUUUACAAAGGCGUUGAAACGAGUUAUUGGAAUUGUGUUCUUCUCUAAGAUUUAAUGUUUAUUUUGUAUCUAUUGUCAACAUUUUGAUGUUUACUUUUCAUUUAUUUUGUUUAGAUUAAGUAGAUUGCUAAUGACUUUCUCUUUACGAACAACAUGAUCUAGGGUAUGUAUGGAUGUAUGUAU